AUGAAGAUUUUAAUUCUCGUUCUUUUUGUGAGUGGCUGCUUGGCCAAUGCGCGUCGAACUGACCGCGAUCUCUCUCUUGAGAAACGCGAAGAUAACAUCCGUCAUGAACGUGGAUUGAACGACCGUGUGGAGCGCGAUAUUGGGCUCGGACAUCGGGACUCGCGCGAAGCCGGCGAUGCUGGGAAAUCGUUCCAAAGUCAACAAAAGAGAGAAGUUGAAGAACAGGGAAAUCGACAACAAAGGGGAAUUGGAGAAGAAAGUGGAAGACAACAAAGAGAAACUGGCGGAGCACAAAGAGAACUAAGAGUUGAGCGUGAUGCUGAAAAGCUCCGUCAACAACGAGAAGCCGAGAAACCAAGACAGCAACGUGAAACUGAAGAAGCUAAGACUCGGCAACAAAGAGAGAUCGAAGCAAAACGCAUGGAGCGAGAAGCCGAGAAACUGAGACAACAACGAGAGACUGAAGAAGGAGCAAAACGCGUGGAGCGCGAAGCUGAGAAACCGCGACAACAACGAGAGACUGAAGAGGCAAAAACUCGUCAACAACGAGGGGCUGAAGAGGCAAAAACUCGUCAACAACGAGGGGCUGAAGAGGCAAAAACUCGUCAACAACGAGGGGCUGAAGAGGCAAAAACUCGUCAACAACGAGGGGCUGAAGAGGCAAAAACUCGUCAACAACGAGGGGCUGAAGAGGCAAAAACUCGUCAACAACGAGAGACUGAAGAGGCAAAAACUCGUCAACAACGAGAAGCCGGAGCAAAACGCGUUGAACGUGAAGCUGAAAAGCCCCGCCAACAACGAGAAGCCGAGAAACUAAGACAGCAACGUGAUGCUGAAGAAGCUAAGACUCGGCAACAAAGAGAGACCGGAGAUCAAGGAGGUAAAAUCCAGCAACGAGAUCUCCAGGGACAACAGCGUCAACAGAGGGAAGCUGAGAAAUCCCGUCAACAACGCGAAGUUGGAGCUAAAGGUCAAGCCGAUAUUCGCCAAGAACGCGAAGCCAUGGAAACAGCUGAUAGUCAAAAAGGACGCUUGCAACGAGAAGCUGAAACUGCGAGGAAAGAAAGAGCCGCUAUGAAUGCAAAUAUGGGAAUGUCGGGAGCCGGUGUUUCAUCUCGAAUGGCGACUGGCAUGGGUGGAGGAGGAACUGCAGCAAAUAUGAGAAUGGCUGCUGGUGGAAGAAAAAAGAGAGAGGCUGAGAAAAAAGUGCAACAUGAGGAAACAAAGGUUCUCGAGCAACGGGAGGUUGGAAUAGGGGCACAGGUUGGAGCGGGUGGAAGAAAGAAGAGAGAAGCUGACAAAAUCCGCCAGCGUCGCAAUUUGGGAGUCGGAGCACAAGGAGCCGGUAUUGGCGCGCAAGGGGCCGGUAUUGGCGCGCAAGGAGCCGGUAUUGGAGCACAAGGAGCUGGCCUUGGAGCUUACGGAGCUGCCGGUGGAAGAAAGAAGAGAGAGGUGGGAGCACACGGAACGGGACUGAGUGGAGCUGCAUUGGCUCGUCCAGGACGUGAUGCACCUGCGCGCCAACAACGCCAAAUUGGUGGUGGUUUAGCGCGCCAACAACGCCAAAUUGGUGGUGGCGGAUCUCCAACGGGAGCUCACGGAACGGGAACUCAAGGAGCAACAUUUGCCCGUCCUAUGAGAGAGGCUUUCAAAAGUCGUCAACAACGUGACACUGAAAAAAAUCUUUCUGGUAAU